AUGGCUUCUUCUCAAUUGAAGGCCGUCGGAUCCCUUGCUCGCGGCCUGCGCGUUUCCCGCAGGGCUUUCACCACCUCUGCCCGCCAAUUCGAGGCUGUGCCCACGGCCGCAAAGACCACCUCCCCAGCUGUCGCCGAUGAGUCCAAGCCUGUCGAGAUCACCCAGGCGCCCAAUAGACUGGGCGUCUGGUCACGAAGCCAGAAGCCACGAUCACAAGCUAUGACCGGCCCCCGUUUCGAACAGACCGACUUUUCCGUCCAGCCUCAACCCAAGGCUGCUAUUGAAUUGAUUCACAAGGAGCCUGUACGAUGGACGCACGAUCGAAUUGUUGCCUGUGACGGCGGCGGCGGUCCUUCCGGACACCCCAGGAUCUUCAUCAAUACCGACAAGGCUGAGAUCUCAUCCUGCAACUACUGCGGCAUUCCUUACGCUAAUGAGCACCACCGAAAGCACCUCGAGUCGCUGCCCGAGACUGCCUACCCACUUGCAUGA